UUUCUCCCAUUAAGCGGAUCUCCGAAUCUUGUUUUUAUUCCUCUAAUAAUUGUUCUCUGUUUCUAUCUCUCUUUCCUCCUUCAGUUCAUUUCUCUCUAUAAUUUCCUAAACUCGAGAGUCUUCAAAGCAUGUGUGUAGAUGAAGAAGAAAUAGCAGGGGAAAGUAUGGAAAACCAAGAGAAGAAGCGGCAGGGUUUCUUGAAUUCCCGCGUUCAGAAUUGGGAACAAGAUUCACCUUCGCCGAUGAGUACCACUUAUCUGUUUUCUUCAGGAAAUGACUCUGCCUUCUCCAAUUCAUCUCCUCUCAAAAGCAUUUGUGAGGACACAGUAGUUGUAGACAGUAAACAGAACAAUUCAGGGAACUUUGUCCCAGCUAUUCGGUCAGGAGAAUGGGCUGAUAUUGGAGGCCGCCAGUACAUGGAGGAUACCCAUGUCUGCAUUGGAGACCUGGCUAAGAAAUUUGGUUAUGAUGUCCUUGACAGAGAGGCAAUUUCCUUAUUUGGCGUAUUCGAUGGACAUGGUGGAAAGGAUGCCUCACAUUUUGUCCGUGACAAUUUGCCGAGGGUCAUUGUGGAGGAUGCUGAUUUUCCUGUGGAACUUGAAAAGGUGGUCAUGAGGUCAUUUAUGGAGACAGAUGCUGCAUUCGCAAGAAAGUGCUCACUGCAGUCUGCUUUGUCUUCUGGCACAACUGCUCUCACUGCAAUGAUAUUUGGGAGAUCUCUGCUGGUUGCAAAUGCUGGGGAUUGUCGGGCUGUGUUGUCACGACUUGGUGUUGCCAUAGAAAUGUCAAGGGAUCAUAGGCCCUGCUGUAAAAAGGAAAGGAAGCGCAUUGAAUCCUUGGGUGGGUUCAUUGAUGAUGGUUAUUUGAAUGGAGAGUUGGGUGUAACCCGGGCUCUUGGGGAUUGGCACCUUCAAGGGAUGAAGGAAACUGGUGAGCAAGGUGGACCCUUGAGUGCUGAACCAGAACUGAAAAUGAUUACACUAACCAAAGAGGAUGAGUUCUUGAUCAUCGGUAGUGAUGGAGUAUGGGAUGUAUUUUCAAACCAAAAUGCUGUUGACUUCACUAGGAGGAGGCUCCAGGAGCACAAUGAUGUGAAGCUGUGUUGUAAGGAAAUGGUGGAUGAGGCGAUAAAGCGUGGGGCAAUAGACAAUCUAACAAUUGUGUUAAUAUGUUUCCACUCAGACCCACCUCCCCGUAGUGUGGUGCAAAAGGGUAGAGUCAGAAGGAGUAUAUCUGCAGAGGGGCUUCACACUCUUCACAGUAUCAGAUGUCUUUCAGGAGAGAACUAAUAUGUGGUAGCUAAUCAAUUGGUCACUCUCUGGAGUUUCUGUAUAUAACUCUUACUAGAAAUGAAUUUUGCUCUCUUUUUUUUUUCUUGG